AUGGAGAGCUCUGCCAAGAUGGAGAGCGGCGGCGCAGGCCCGCAGCCCUUCCUGCCGCCCGCAGCCUGCUUCUUUGCCACGGCCGCGGCGGCGGCGGCGGCGGCGGCAGCGGCGGCGCAGAGCGCGCAGCAGCCGCCGCCGCCGCCUCCGCCGCCGCCGCCGCCGCAGGCGCCGCAGCUGAGCCCCGCGGCCGACGGCCAGCCCUCAGGGGGCGGUCACAAGUCAGCGCCCAAGCAAGUCAAGCGACAGCGCUCGUCCUCGCCCGAACUGAUGCGCUGCAAACGCCGGCUCAACUUCAGCGGCUUCGGCUACAGCCUGCCGCAGCAGCAGCCGGCCGCCGUGGCGCGUCGCAACGAGCGCGAGCGCAACCGCGUCAAGCUGGUCAACCUGGGCUUCGCCACCCUUCGGGAGCACGUCCCCAACGGCGCGGCCAACAAGAAGAUGAGCAAGGUGGAGACGCUGCGCUCCGCCGUCGAGUACAUCCGCGCGCUGCAGCAGCUGCUGGACGAGCACGACGCGGUGAGCGCCGCCUUCCAGGCGGGCGUCCUGUCACCCACCAUCUCCCCCAACUACUCCAACGACAUGAACUCCAUGGCCGGGUCGCCGGUCUCAUCCUACUCGUCGGACGAGGGCUCCUACGACCCUCUCAGCCCCGAGGAGCAAGAACUGCUCGACUUCACCAACUGGUUCUGA